AUGAGCCGAAACCACCACAAUCCAUCCGAACUCCCUGACUUGCCCGCCAGCAAUGGCGGUUCGGACGCUGGCUCCGAUCAAACUUUCCACUCGAUCCGCGACCGUUUUCCUUUUAAACGAAACCCUAACUACAGCACUAACAGUUCAGCCAAAUCAAGUAAAUCACCUCUAGAUCGGCCUGAUCGCCGCAGCAGAUGGCACCACUACACAAACAGGAACAACAACCGCAAGUGGUUGUUCUCUUGUAUUCCAUUCCGCGGCAUUUAUUUGUUCUACUUUGUGAUAUUUUUCUCUGUUUUCGCUUUCGUUUUGGCGUCUAUUUUGUUGCAGAGCUCGAUUACCGGUAUGGUUGUGUUUAGUAAAGGGUGGAUUGAUCAUCGGAGAUCGAUUAGAGAAGGUUUGAAAUCAGGUACUACAUUGAAAUUCGUGCCCGGUUUAAGAUCACGGAUGCUUUUGGAAGGUCAUGGUCUUGAUCAUGUUAGACCGUGGGAUCAUAGAGUUGGCCUCCGCCCUCCCAGACUCGCCGUGAUAUUAGGAAACAUGAAGAAAGAUCCGCAGUCAUUGAUGUUGCUUAGUGUGAUGAAGAAUUUGCAGAAACUUGGUUAUGCACUUAAGAUAUAUGCAGUGGGGAAUGGUAAAACAAGAACAAUUUGGGAGGAAAUAGGACGACGGGUAUCAAUUUUAAGACCAGAGGAAUAUGACCGUAUUGAUUGGUCCAUUUUUCAAGGUAUUAUUGUCGAUUCUCUUGAAGCCAAAGAGGCAGUUUCAAGCCUCAUGCAGGAGCCAUUUCAGUCAAUACCACUUGUAUGGAUAAUCCAAGAAGAUACCCUUGCAAAUCGUCUUCCAUUGUAUCAGGAUAUGGACUUGCAGCAUUUGUUGUCUUAUUGGAGGAGUACUUUUCACAGGGCUAAUGUUGUUGUAUUUCCAGACUUUGCUUUGCCGAUGUUAUAUAGUGUGCUUGACACUGGAAACUUCCUCGUGAUUCCUGGAUCACCAGUAGAUGUGUGGGCUGCUGAAAGCUACGGUAAGACCCAUGCCAAGCAUCAGUUAAGGGUGGACCAUGGAUUCAGCAAAGACGAUUUGGUGGUUCUAGUUGUCGGGAGUUCUUUCUUCUAUGAUGAGCUAUCAUGGGACUAUGCCGUGGCAAUGCAUACUCUAGGACCUCUACUAGCCAAAUAUGCAAGGAGCAAAAAUGCUGAAGGAUCUUUUAAAUUUGUUUUCUUAUGCGGUAAUUCAACCGAUGAUGAUGCUUUACAGGAAGUUGUUGCUCGUCUAGGACUUCAUCAUGGCUCUGUGCGGCAUUAUGGCCUGAAUGGUGAUGCCAACAGCGUGUUAUUAGUGGCAGAUAUUGUUCUUUAUGGUUCUUCCCAAGAUGAACAGGGUUUUCCUCCUUUACUUAUCCGAGCUAUGACCUUUGGAAUCCCAGUGAUCGCACCUGAUAUUCCUACCCUGAAAAAAUACAUUAGUGAUGGAUCCCAUGGAAUAUUUUUCUCAAAAUAUAACCCCGAAGCAUUGAUGCGGGCUUUCUCGCUUUUGAUAUCGAAUGGGAAACUUUCUGAAUUUGCUCAAACUGUUGCUUUCUCUGGAAGACUGCUUGCUAAGAACAUGCUUGCAUCAGAAUGUAUAACUGGUUACGCAAGGCUAUUGGAGAAUAUGCUUAGUUUUCCAUCAGACACGUUGUUGCCUGGUCCAGUGUCUAAGCUUUAUCAGAGGGAAUGGGAAUGGAACUUGUUUAGUAAGGAACUAGGACAGGAAACUGAUGAUUUGUCAGGCAUGGAUGAUAGUGUUCUUUCUAUCAGGAAAACCAGUGUUGUUUAUUCCCUUGAGAAAAAAUGGAGCAAUCUUGUUAAUUCAACUAGCAUCUCUGAGAAUGGAACUGAAAUUCGAGUACCAGAUAUCCCAACAGAAUCAGAUUGGGAUGUUUUGAGGGAAAUAGAAAGCUUUCAAGAAUAUGAGACAGUGGAAACAGCGGAGCUUGAGGAAAGAAUGGAUAAAAGUCAUGGUCUGUGGGAUGAGGUAUACCGCAAUACUCGAAAAUCUGAAAAGCUUAAGUUUGAAGCAAAUGAAAGGGAUGAAGGAGAGCUAGAAAGAACAGGCCAGCCAGUAUGCAUUUAUGAGAUGUAUGAUGGAGCUGGGGCCUGGCCAUUUUUGCAUCAUGGAUCUUUAUACCGUGGCUUAAGUCUUUCUACAAAAGCUCGGAGAUCAAGAUCUGAUGACGUGGAUGCAGUUGCCCGGCUUCCCCUCCUGAAUGACAGUUACUAUCAGAAUAUAUUAUGCGAUGUGGGAGGGAUGUUUGCUAUUGCAAACAGGGUGGAUGAUAUUCACAAGAGACCUUGGAUUGGGUUUCAAUCAUGGCAUGCUGCUGGUAGGAAGGUUUCAUUGUCAUAUAAAGCUGAAAAAGUUCUAGAAGAAAAGAUACUAGAAGAAAAUAAAGAUGUAAUUUACUUCUGGGCCCGUUUGGACAUGGAUGGUGAAGUUACCGGAAGCAAUGUUGAACUCACUUUCUGGUCCAUGUGUGACAUCUUAAAUGGAGGACGCUGCAGAACUGCUUUUGAAGAUGCCUUCCGCCAGAUGUAUGACUUGCCAUCAUAUCUUGAAGUUCUUCCUCCAAUGCCAGAAGAUGGAGGUCACUGGUCUGCCCUGCAUAGCUGGGUCAUGCCAACCCCUUUCUUUCUGGAGUUCAUUAUGUUUUCACGAAUGUUUGUUGAUUCUCUUGAUGCUCUGCAUUCCAACUCUAGCCAAAUGAACAAGUGUUUGUUGAGUUUCUCAGAGCUCGAGGAAAAGCAUUGUUAUUGUCGGAUAAUGGAAGUCCUCAUUAAUGUUUGGGCUUAUCAUAGUGCAAGAAGGAUGUUUUACAUAGAUCCGCACACUGGUUCGGUAAAAGAGCAGCACCCUAUUGAGCAAAGAAAGGGAAUUAUGUGGGAAAAGUACUUCAAUCUUACGGUAUUGAAGAGUAUGGAUGAAGAUCUUGCAGAGGCAGCAGAUGAUGGAGAUCAUCCAAGGGAGAGGUGGCUGUGGCCACUAACAGGAGAAGUGCAUUGGCAAGGGAUUUAUGAGAGGGAGAGGGAAGAGAAAUAUAGGCUGAAAAUGGACAAGAAGAGGAAAACAAGAGAGAGACUAUUUGAAAGACUGAAGUCUGGAUACAAACAGAAACCACUUAACGAGGUGGGGUUUUUGAUCAUCAUGCAUGCUGUAAAGGGUGGCUGGGUUGGCCAAACAUUUGCCUUAGCUAAGUGCAAUGAUUCUGGAGGGAAGAAGUCUCGGAUUCGGCGCUCGAAGGAGGAGAGGAAGGGAAUGAUGCAUGCGCACUCAAAUGCUCAUAUACAGACAUAUGCUCUGAAUAAAUCAGCUCAGAGGCUGACUCUACAGCAUGGUAGGUCAGCUCUUCGCCUGCUUUUCCUGGAAGUUGACUUUUGGUACCAGAGAUUAAACAAUGGGAAUUUUCCAUCUCUUAAUAUCACGCACAAGGAAGUAGGUGGGUCCUUUUAUACUGUCCGGGAGAUUGUUCGGGAGAUAAUCCAAGAAAACAGAGUGCUGGGUCCUGGUAAGUUGCCUCUAGAGGAGCAGCUUAAUGAUCAGUUUGUGGAGCAGUACCCAUUGGGUACAAUUUCCACAGAACCUCAAAUUCCUCUGUCCAUGUCACCAAAUGGAAGUCCUGUACCUGAUCAGCAUGAGAGCUCAAGUGAAGUGCUUGAUUUAAUUUCUGAGCAACAUGCUGAGCCUGAACAGCAGGGAUUCGAUAAUGGCAAAAUCAUUAGUGGGAGUCAUACAAUUGUGAAGAAUGCAGAAACUGAUAAGCCAAAAGUUGUGGAGGUUCAUGUUACUGAACCUCUGGAAACAGAGAAAGGAAUGGAAGAAGUGGCAACAUCAAGUGCUAAAGUAACUCAAAUGGUAGAUGUAAUGGUAGAGACAUUUCCAUUGCCACCUGAUACCAAGUCAGCUAUAAACUUGAAUGGAAAUUCCAUUGAUGUACGGGAGGUAAAUGGGACUUUAGAAAAAAAUCUUGAAAAGGUGCUCUUGGAGCCAGAACAUGACCCAGGAAAUGGCAUUUCUUUGCCAGAUGGAAUGAGCUCCUUGCAUGAUAGCAGUUUGCUAGAUGAUAAAGAAGUGGAAAAGUCAGCAGUUCCAUUGUUCGAACAAAGCUCUGAUUUGGUGUAUGAGAAAGCAGCAGAAAGUCUUGCAGAUUCGGCAAUGGGAAGCUUGAAUGCAUCUGCCACCAAAGAAGGUUUUGUGCAGGAUGCUGAGGCUGACAUAGAUGUGAAGGUGAAGUCAUCACAUGAUGAUAAGGCAAUUGCCGAAACUGAGGUUGUUAAUGCCAGAAAUGGCAUCGAAACCAAAUCUUUGGAUGGCAAUUGCAUCACUGUUGGUAACAGUCAGUCAACAGCCAAAGAAGUUGAGAUGAAAGAUAAAGCUGCAGUUCAACAUGGUCGAGACUCUCAGAAACAAAGCAGUCCAACCUUAAACAGAAUUAAUCUAGUGGAUUCAACUUUACCUGCCAUAGCAGUGCAUCAUGUUUCCCUGUUUAUAUCAAGAGUGGUUGUUACUUGUUAG